CUAGCCCACUUCUUUCUCCCAUGCACUUGUCUUCCUUUCUGCUUUCUCCUUCAACACCCAUUAUUAACUACCAGUGUUCUUUUUUCUUUUCCAUUUCCUUCUUCUUCUACUUCUGCAAUCAGUUAUCAUUUGGUUUAUCACUUCCUAAUAACGUACGUGAAGUAUUUAUCAUCCAAGGACUAUCACUUCCAAAAUAGCUUAUCACAGGCCGGCCAGCCAGCCAGCCAGCAUAUUACCUGAUUAACGUAUAAUUAAGGACUAGUACUACUACGUACCUGUUUAAAAAGAGAACAUGUCUAGCAGAAGUCGAUCAUCUCGUUCAAGGCAGUCAGGUGGUUCAAGGAUCUCAGAUGAUCAAAUCAAUGAUCUUGUUUCCAAGUUGCAACAACUUCUCCCUGAACUUCGUAGCCGUAACUCUGACAAGGUAUCAGCAGCAAAGGUUCUACAAGAGACGUGCAAUUACAUUAGAAACUUACACAGAGAAGUCGACGACCUAAGCGAAAGAUUAUCAGAGCUUUUGGCAACAACAGACACAAGUAGUGCUCAAGCUGCCAUUAUUAGGAGCUUACUUAUGUAGAACCCUAGCUAGCUAGUUUUCUGUUAGUUAAAAGCGUUACCGUCGUCGUCUAUGUACUCUCUCUAUGUAGAUCGAUCUUACUUUUUUCAUCUUCCUUUUUUCUCUUUUUUGAUCAUUUGAUCCUUUCUUAGUUAAAAUGAAUCUCUCUAGCUAUCUGUAGUACUACUACAGUAGAGUUGAAUGAGAUUAAAGUAAAGAGAACCUUUUACCAUUUAGACGUGUAGUAAUUGUUUAAUUAUAUAUAAUAGUAAUUAAUA